CCGGCAGCGGCUAGCUUGCUCGCUCGCUCGCUGGCUCGGCGGCGCUCUGAGGUGUGUGGGGUGUUUAGCCCCCCGGCCCAGUGAGGCGCUGCGCGGCGGGAUGCGGCGGCGGCCGUGGCGGAGCCGCGGGCCGGGCGGGCGGGCGCGGUGAUGAGCGUCGGCGGCCAUCGCCAUGUCCAAGGUAACGGCGCCCGGGUCCGGGCCGCCGCCGCCGCCGGCGGUGGCGGCGGCGGGCGGGAAGGAGAAGCGCUCCUUCAGCAAGCGGCUGUUCCGGAGCGGCCGCGCGGGCGGCGGCGGCAGCAGCGGCGCGGGGGGCCCCGGGCCGACCGCGCCCUCGUCGCCCUCGUCGGCGCGCUCGGUGGGCAGCUUCAUGAGCCGCGUCCUCAAGACGCUGUCCACGCUCUCGCACCUUAGCUCCGAGGGCGCCGCCCCGGACCGCGGCGGCCUCCGCAGCUGCUUCCCGCCCGGGCCGGCCGCCGCGCCCACGCCGCCGCCGUGCCCGCCGCCGCCCGCCUCGCCCGCACCGCCCGCCAGCGCCGCGGAGCCGGUGCCCGGGGUGGCGGGGCUCCGGAACCACGGCAACACGUGCUUCAUGAACGCCACGCUGCAGUGUCUCAGCAACACCGAGCUCUUCGCCGAGUACCUGGCGCUCGGCCAGUACCGGGCGGGGCGGCCCGAGCCCUCGCCUGACCCCGAGCAGCCCGCGGGCCGCGGCUCGCAGGGCCAGGGCGAGGUCACCGAGCAGCUGGCGCACCUGGUGCGGGCCCUGUGGACCCUGGAGUACACCCCACAGCACAGCCGCGACUUCAAGAGUAUCGUGUCAAAGAAUGCACUGCAAUAUAGAGGAAAUUCCCAGCAUGACGCCCAGGAGUUUCUCCUCUGGCUUUUGGACCGAGUUCAUGAAGACCUCAAUCAUGCGGUGAAGCAGAGUGGGCAGCCUCCUCUGAAGCCACCGUCAGGGACUGAUAUGAUGCCCGAGGGACCGUCUUUUCCUGUCUGUAGCACUUUUGUACAAGAACUUUUUCAAGCCCAGUACAGAUCUUCUUUGACAUGUCCUCAUUGUCAGAAGCAGAGCAACACUUUUGAUCCUUUCCUCUGCAUUUCUUUGCCAAUUCCUCUACCCCACACAAGGCCUCUCUAUGUCACUGUAGUGUAUCAAGGGAAAUGUUCUCAUUGCAUGCGGAUUGGCGUGGCCGUGCCUCUGUCUGGGACUGUCGCCAGACUUCGGGAAGCAGUGUCUAUGGAAACGAAGAUCCCCACUGAUCAGAUUGUGUUAACAGAAAUGUAUUAUGAUGGGUUCCAUCGUUCCUUUUGUGACACAGACGACCUGGAAACAGUCCAUGAGAGCGACUGCAUUUUUGCCUUUGAGACUCCAGAAAUAUUUAGGCCUGAAGGAAUUCUCAGCCAAAGAGGAAUCCACUUAAACAACAACCUAAACCACUUGAAAUUUGGCUUGGAUCAUUAUAGACUGUCUUCUGCACAAGCAGCCGCCAAGCAAGGGAAAGCGGACUCGGCCGCCACGAGAGCAGGAAGCGACAAGAUCGUUCUGCUAGUGUGUAACCGGGCCUGCACUGGGCAGCAGGGGAAGAGAUUCGGGCUACCUUUCGUGCUGCACUUAGAGAAGACAGUAGCAUGGGACCUGCUGCAGAAGGAAAUCUUGGAGAAGAUGAAGUAUUUCUUGAGGCCCACGGUGUGCAUUCAGGUGUGUCCGUUCAGCUUGCGUGUGGUCAGUGUUGUGGGAAUAACAUACUUGCUGCCCCAGGAAGAGCAGCCCCUGUGCCACCCAACAGUAGAAAGGGCACUAAAAUCUUGUGGACCAGGUGGCACUGCUCAUGUGAAAUUAGUGGUAGAAUGGGACAAGGAGACAAAAGAUUUCUUAUUUGUAAAUACUGAAGAGGAAUAUAUCCCCGAUGCAGAAAGUGUCCGUCUGCAAAGGGAGCGUCACCAUCAGCCUCAAACUUGCACUUUAUCCCAGUGUUUCCAGCUCUACACCAAAGAGGAACGGCUUGCCCCAGACGACGCCUGGCGUUGCCCACACUGUAAGCAGCUGCAGCAGGGGAGCAUUACGUUAAGCCUCUGGACUCUGCCCGAUGUGCUGAUUAUACAUCUGAAGAGAUUUCGACAGGAAGGAGACAAGCGUACGAAACUUCAGAACAUGGUCAAGUUCCCGUUGACUGGCCUGGACAUGACACCUCACGUGGUUAAGAGGAGCCAGAGCAGCUGGAGUUUGCCAUCCCAUUGGUCUCCGUGGAGACGGCCCUACGGACUCGGGAGGGACCCUGAGGACUACAUCUACGACCUGUAUGCGGUGUGCAACCAUCACGGCACCAUGCAAGGGGGGCACUACACAGCCUACUGCAAGAACUCCGUGGACGGCCUCUGGUACUGCUUCGACGACAGCGACGUGCAGCAGCUGUCGGAAGACGAGGUCUGCACGCAGACAGCCUACAUCCUCUUCUACCAGAGGCGGACGGCCAUACCGUCGUGGUCGGCCAACAGCUCGGUGGCAGGCUCCACAAGCUCCUCCCUGUGCGAACACUGGGUGAGCCGGCUCCCGGGGAGCAAGCAAGCCAGCGUGACCUCUGCAGCUUCCUCCAGACGCACCUCCCUGGCCUCGCUGUCCGAGUCCGUGGAGAUGACUGGGGAAAGGAGCGAGGACGAUGGAGGUUUCUCAACUCGACCGUUCGUGAGAAGUGUCCAGCGCCAGAGCUUGUCGGCCCGAUCGUCGGUCACCAGCCCCUUGGCCGUCAACGAAAACUGCAUGAGGCCCUCCUGGUCCCUGUCUGCUAAGCUGCAGAUGCGCUCCAAUUCCCCCUCCCGCUUCUCGGGGGACUCCCCCAUUCACAGCUCCGCCUCCACCUUGGAGAAGAUUGGGGAGGCGGUGGACGACAAGGUCUCCAUCUCUUGCUUCGGCAGCUUGAGGAACCUCGCCAGCCUUUACCAGGACUCCAGCGACAGCCGGCGGGAGCACAAGGCCGUGGGGCGGGCCCCUCUGGCGGUCAUGGAGGGUGUCUUCAAAGACGAGGCGGAUGCCCGCAGGUUGAACCCGGGGGUGGCAGACACCCAGAGCAAGAGCCCAGCACAAGGGGAUCCCCUGCCCCCCGUCUCUGUUCCGUUUGAUAACAAUAACCAGAUUGCUUAUGUGGAUCAGAGCGAUUCAGUAGACAGCUCUCCAGUCAAAGAGGUGAAACCCCCAGGCCACGCCGGCUCCCUGGCAAAGAAACCCGAGAGCACAGCCAAGCGAUCCCCCAGCUCCAAAGGCGCUUCUGAGCCGGAGAGAAGCUUGCGGAAGGGGAGAUCCGCCCUGGCCAGUCAGGAAUCCUCUCUUUCCAGUCCGUCCCCUUCGUCCCCUGGUCCCGUCAAGGUUUCUGCGAAGCCCUCCCGCUCCCGGAGCAAAGCAGAGUCUUCCUCCCGGGCCAGCGGGCGGCACGCCUCCCCCGCCCCCGCCCCCAAAAAGGACUCGUCCCCCAAAUCUCAGGCCUCCGCGUCGUCGCCCUCCCUCCUCAAGCAGAAGUCGGCCUCUUCCCUCGCAUACCCCGCUUCCUCGGCAUCCCCCAAAAAGGCCUCGGGCCCUGCCCCGCGGGGCCCCCUCCCUCCCGGCAAGAGCAGGACCUCAGACCGGAGCCUGAGCAGAGAGGGCUCCAGACAGAGUCUGGCGUCCGACAGAGCCGGCGUCCCCACCAGCUCCAAACCCAGCUCCCCGCGCGGGAGCCAGGCCCGGGCGGGCGACGGCCGCGGGGACGGCCGGCACGUGCGCAGCUCGUCCAUGGCCAGCCUGCGCUCGCCCAGCGUGAGCGGGAAGGCCGGCCUGAAGAGGGACAGCAAGUCGGAGGACAAGGGGCUGUCCUUCUUCAAGUCAGCCUUGCGGCAGAAGGAGACCCGGCGCUCCACGGACCUUGGCAAGACAAGCCUGCUCUCCAAGAAGGCGGGCGGCCGGGGCGCGGCGCCCGACGACAAGGCCGACAGAGGCUCCCCGCAGCCGAAGGGCACCGCGGGCGCGCAAGAGCAGCCCGCCCCCAGGGACCCCGCUUCUGCGAAACACUCGCUGCUGUCCGCCCGCAAAGCCAAGUCUUCCCAGCUAGAUCCCGGAGCGCCCGCAUCUCCCAGUUGCAGGCAGUCUGCUGAGACGGCCUCCAAAAAGUUACCUUCUAGCAUGCCAACCUCUGCACGGCCUUCUCCGAAACCUCAGUGACAUUUCUGCAGUCCAAGUGUUUUAUCUGUGAAGAUGUUAAUUUAUUUAGAAGCCCCUUCCCUCCCACCAAAGCCCCCUAUGCUUUUGUAUUUUUGGGGUCACGUGCCUGAUGUGUGGGUGUGUGCGUGCACGCGUGUGCGCGCCUGUGUAUGUGUGUGUGUGUGCGCGUGAGGAGAACUGAAUUGCAGGUUGUUACAAGCGUCGCCUUAUUCUGCCAUUGAACCAAAUAACAGCCAUAGGCAAAGCAUUGAUAGCAAGCUAACUGGAAUAUCGUAGACGAUACCCUGGAUGGUCCCUUUCGCGGUUGUACAUACUUCUUUCUCGAGAACUCUAAUGCCUUUCGUUGGACACUAGGGAUUUGUAACCUGUGAACCAGUUAAGCAUCAUUCAUGUGCCCUGAAAAGGAUGAAUUCUUUGACCUGGGUUUCAUCGGAGUGGAAUUUGUCCUUACCGUGGAUUGUCGCGUGGCACCGGGAGCUCUAAAAACUGUGACACAAACAGCAAAACCGAGGGAAAACUGUCGCUUCCUGCACUUUGGCCCCAUCUACCAGUCUUUGUAAAGGGCACUAUUUUAACACUAAUGUUUCUCAGGUAUAUCCUCGGCUAGGCUAGGAUGGGUGUGAACAGUCGAAGAAGGUGGCCUGCGGGUGGCUGUCGUUUCUCCUACUGCCACAGGUACAUGUUUUCGGAGGUAGAGACAAAGUCUUUCACUACCUUCAUAGCCGCCAAGAUGUGUGUAUCGUAAGUUGUCUUGACCUUGGGAUAUGUCCCAAAAGAGGUGGCCAACUGGAUAGCCAGAAAGCCAGUCACUUGUCAAAAAAAAAAUUUUUUUUUUCCCUUCUAAAUUCGAUAGCUAAGAUCAUGGGGAUUUUGAAGUUAAUACCUUUGCAAGAUUCCUGGAAAAAAAAAAAAAAAAAAAAGGAUUCUAAACUGGAUGCAUGAAUCAGUGCCAUUUUCCUUCUUUGGGGUUGCUUUUUUUCUACGUUAGACGUUGAAAGCUCCAUGCUGCCAACUGUCAGGGUCUGGCAUAGUGGAGCGAUGUGUGACAAAGUGUCACGUGCACACUUCCAAUCCUGCCUGGCAGUCUUCGUUGUGAUGGCUUUCAGGAAUGCGUUUGUUUCUUCCUUGUGCUAAAGAUUUAAGCUCUUACCCAGAAACUCACAGGCAGGAUGGAGCAUGUUCUCUCUGGCGUCAUCAGUGCAAAUGGCAUUUUGUGUUGAGUAGAAAAGGGAACCUCGCAGAAAUUCACAGAUAAGUCAGAUAGGUAUUUUUAAAGUUUCGGGGAGGUGUUCUGGAACUUUUCACUUUUUUCUUUUGUAAUUUUUUUUUUUUUAAAUGUUAAGGGAGCCACGGUUCUGAUUCUGUUUGCCCAGCAUUUGUCACUUUGUCAUGCAAUGUAGCGUGCUAACUUUGUGUGCUUUUUUACAUGGUAUCUUUUUCUAAGUCAUGGACUCUUUGAGUUCUUCCUGAACUCUUGGUGCCCAGGUCCAUCUUAAAAUCUCCCUUUUCAGUAUUGCUGUGUGUGCAGUAACCAGAACACAUAUUACAUGCAUAGCUAUGAAAUCUGCACUGCCUUUUGGGUGUUUCUUUUUUUUCCCCCCCUCGGUCCUCUUUCUUUCCUAUGAAUACCUCUUGGGAAAUGUUUCCAGGAGGUUACUUUAUUUUGCUGCUACUGUGAGCAUUAGCAGGUAACUUGCAAGUCUGGAGGCCAUGUGUAUUGAGAGUAGCUGGAAUCCUAGACCCUUAAGGUGUUGAAGACUCACGUAUUCAGCCUCGUGGAAGGUACCCUCGUGCUCCAUGACAUUCACUUCACGUUGCCCAUUGCACUUGAACCUGCACCUCGCUAGGUGUCCUCGUUUCGCUGUGUAGGCAUCUCAGUUCCCAAAGCAGCCUUACCCUCCUCCUCUGCUGUGAUCGCCUGCGACAUCAUUGCUUCCAGCAGCACAUCCACAGCCUGAUCCGAGUUUAGCCACCGUUAGUCUUCCUGUGGCUCCUGUAUUCCCUGGGGAAAAAAAAAAAAUGCACCAAAUGCGGGAUCUUCGAUGUCAGGAAUUGAAUGUUUGUCUAAUUUGAACCUCUCCUCUUCCUUUAAUAGGUAGAUCUCAUUUGAAAUUUCCUAUCCAAAACUCUGAAAUCGUCUCAGAAUCAUCGUUUGACCACACAGAGUGUUUUAAUAACACUUUUGGGGGGAGGGAGCUAUAAACAGUUCAGCAUUAAUGGAAUCUAUUUGAAUUUCCACAGUGGUGAAUAUUUUUAUUCUUGGGUCCUCCAGGAAUGGAUUUUCUGUUAUGUCUGGUGUCUUUUUAAAACAACAACAACAACAAAACUGAAAAUAACAACAACAACAAGCAAAAAGCCUCUACAAACUCCAUUAAUUUUCCAUGGGAUCCAGAAAUAAACUUUCCAUAUCUGUAAACUGUAUGUCUGUGGAGUUUAGUUCUUGUUUUAGAUUUAAACAGAAAAAAAUCAGGAAGUAUUAUAGCAGUGUCUAGGCAUCUUUAGGCUAUUAUAUUUCUGUGCUUGGUCAGCAUGAAAAUUUCAGCCAUAAUUAAGAGGUAAAACCUCUAAGCCGCAGAGAAGAUAUUUUUGCCCAAAAGUUUGGAGAUGCUCUUUGAUGUGAAGUACCUUACGGAAAAAUUGUUACUUGGUUCAAUUCAGUUUUUCUGGAGUGAGGGACUUGAUUUUUUUUUCUUUCUUUUCUUUUCCCAGUGCUGUUUGGCACAAUGAGCUUAUAUGUGUUUGGGGUUAAAAGUCACCUGCAAAGGAUGGUAGCCCAGGGUUUUGGGUGGACAGCCUGGUGGGCCUGAUUAGAGCUGUCAUUUCCUGGUCGUCACAAAAUAACCACCCACAGUAGCAUUGCGUAUGUAGUGUAGGUGAGCUUUCUUAAAGCUUUGUAUUCUCGAUUUCUUUUCCUGUAAACAUCCAGUGUACUGAGUCUGUAUCAUUCCUUAAGACAGCCCUAUACCUUGCCUUUGUAAUCCCUUCUAUAAUGUGGAAGGAAGCACAAAGAAACUCUUAAACUCAUGUGCUCUCAAGACUA